AAUCUCUCUCUAAAUCCUUCUCUUUCAUAUAUUACUGCUGCUAUCAUAUAUAAUAUUUAGUAUCUCCUUUUUUUCCCAACUUCUCAGCCGUGAUUUUGGUGUAAAGAUAUAUAUAAUUUAUGGCUUCGUCUAGUGGAAACUCGAAUUCCGCAGGUUCCAUGGUGCCAUCGGGAUCUGAAGAAGUCUUGCACCAGUUGAUGGAUCAAAGAAAAAGAAAGAGAAUGGAGUCCAACCGGGAAUCAGCAAGGAGGUCAAGGAUGAGGAAACAGAAGCACUUAGACGAUUUAAUGGCUCAAGUGAGUCAAUUAGCCAAGGAUAAUAGCCAGAUCCUCUCUAGCAUCACCUUCACCACCCAACACUACCUGAACAUGGAGGCUGAGAACUCGGUCCUAAGGGCUCAGAUGAUGGAACUGAGUCAAAGACUCGAAUCUCUCAACGAGAUCCUCCAUUAUCUCAACAAUGGGGUGUAUGAAACAGAGGGAUUUGAAACGAGUGAUGAAAGGUUUACCACCAACGCUUUUGAUAUCCCUCAUCUGAACCAACCCAUCAUGGCAUCUGCAGAUAUGAUGUUUGAAUACUAGAAAAAAGAAAUGGUGAAACUUUGCUGGUAUGGGUUGUUUUUGUAUUCUCUUUCUUUUGUAUUAUUAUUGAAAUUAGUAGCAUAUUAGGGAAGAUGAUGUAAAGGAUUAGCAGCUGGGUGAUUAAAAAAUGUGGUAUCAAGUAUUAUGCAUGUAUGUGGUCUCCCUUUAUUAUGUAUUAAUUAAUCUACUUCA